UAUCAAAUGAAAAAAGAUAUUUUAUAGGAAGCUAUUUUGGUCGACGUUUUCUUGCUCUGAAACUAUACUCCUCUAGAAACGUGCACAAGUCGUCGAUGGAGGAGGUGUCGUCGUCUUCUGAUAUUCCUCUUUCUGGUUUGGGCUAUUUCAACCGUCUCCUUCUACGCCCGCUUCUCGCUAUCGCAUUUGUUCUCUUCUUGAUUAUUCUUGGGUGGUUCUUAGCAUGGAAGCUAGUUCUGGUUCACGUUCCAUUGGUACAAGAAAUUUUCGGUCUUCGAAAGAAAACCUCCAGACCAAAACCCACAACUGGUCGUCUUUCGAAGAUUUACAGUAAUAUUGAGUCUGACGCCCGUAAAUCCUCUUCUUCCUAAUCCUAAUGGUAUGAUCACUAUUUCGUUAUCUUUAUUGCGUACUUUCACAUAUUCAAUAAUGGGGUUUGGUCAAGAGCGACAGAUCAAGUGCUCCCAAAAAUUGCAGAAUGGUCAUAUGAUUCCGAGAAGAUGUUCCUUUGAAUUUGUUGGACUCAGCAUCAGCAGGCUCUAACAUUGUUGAUACUAACAAUCAGGUUUGAUUUCACUUCAAACCAUGUGCUUCAUUUUCCAUGGUGCAAAUGUAAUUUUGACCCCAACCCAUGUAUUCCAUUCUUGUAAAAUGUUUCUAUCUCUCUUUAUAAGAUUUAGGGACAGACCUUGAAUUGUAUCUCUCUCUCUCUCUCGUAUUUUAAUCAAGUCAAAUAGGAUGGUUGUGUAAUUGUUGCAAUUGCAGAGUCUUUAAACUUGAAAUGAGGCCAAAGAUAUAUAAAUUUGAACAUUAAUUGGGUGA